AUGGCAUAUGCGCUGGUGCCCGGCGUCAAGGUCCUCAGGUACGGACGCGUGCGCGCGCACUUGCCGCGCGCUCGCCGCUCGCAUCGCCCGCUGCCCGUCGCCCCUCGUCGCCCCCUCGUCGCCCGCGCCGCCCAAGGGCGAUCCGCGAACCCGGCGCCCCGCGCGGGGCCGCGCGCGAGGCGGUGGUGGCAGGCUGCAGAUCGUAAGGAGUACUGUAGGUUGCCGCAAGUAGAACAGGUCUGCCAACAUCACAGGCAAGCUGGAAAAAUUCCAUGCCAGAGAAAAAACAGAAUUUACUUGUUAGAUGAAUUAGCUUUGUCAGAUGUUUGUCCUGUUCUGAAGUUUCCCAAAUUGCCGUCUCCUUUACUUGUAUCUCCAUUUCUCGUGAGCGAGGAGAAGAAGCUGCUGGUGCUGCUCAACCCGAAGAGCGGGCCGGGCAAGGCGCGCGAGAUGUUCCAGCAGCGCGUGGUGCCCGUGCUGGCGGAGGCCGAGCUGCCCUACGACCUCUACGUCACGAAGCACGCCAACUACGCGCGCGAUUUCGUGCGCACCAAGGACAUCUACCAGUGGCGCGGCGUCGUCGUCGUGGGCGGCGACGGCAUCGUCUUCGAGGUGUUCAACGGGAUGUUCGAACGACCAGACUGGGAGAGAGCAGUGAAGGAAGUGCCCGUAGGAGUCAUCCCUUGUGGUUCUGGAAACGGACUAGCGAAGACCAUUGCAUACGCCAUGGAAGAACCGUACGAUCAGAAUCCUGUCCUCAUAUCAACUCUGAAUAUUGUUAAAUGCCGCAGCAUGCCAAUGGACCUUGUCCGCGUAGAGACAAAAACGCAGAUCCUGUUCUCGUUCCUGUCCGUGGGCUGGGGCUUCCUCUCCGAUAUCGACAUCGAGUCUGAACGGCUGCGCGCCAUCGGCGGCCAACGUUUCACCAUCUGGAGCGUCGCGCGUCUAAUAGGUGAGGCCCUUUGCCACCUCCUCAUCGUCCUCCUCCUCAGAACCUCCCAUGUGGGUGCAGGUCUGCGGACGUACCGUGGGAAGCUGUGGUACCUUCCGCUGGAGGGCUACAAAUCGCAGGGCGGCACGCCGCCCGCGCCGGCCUUCCUCACGCGCAGCACCAGCCACUGCCCCACGUUGGGCGCCAAGGGCGGCGACGGGCUGAGCAACGCGCACGUGCACGCGCACGCAGCGCUCACGCCCGUGCACAGCAGCCUCAGCUUCCACGACUGCAUCACGCCCGACGGCGAGCGCAACGGCGACGCCGACGCUGUCAUCUCCGAGUCGCUCAGCCUGGAGACUGCGCUCGGACAGACUGAAUGUGCGCAGGCGCUGGACGACGUGGACGCGGAGAGCGUGAGCGAGGGCGGCGGCAGCGGGCAGCGGCCCCGCCUCGACAGCUACUACUCAGCCACGUCGCGCCGCAGCACCUACUUCUCCACGACGGGCUCCAGCUACCAGUCGCUGGUGGACUCUGCGUCGGCGGGCGGCAGCGGCAGCGAGAUCGAGCCCCGCGGCCCCGCGUCCAGCGUGCGCAUGUACGGCCCGCCCUCGCGCCUGCCCGCGCUCACGCAGCCCGCGCCGCCGCACUGGAAGGCCAUCGACGGAGAAUUUGUUAUGGUGCAUGCCUCAUAUCAAACUCAUUUGGGGUCCGAUUGUCUAUUUGCUCCAAAUUCUAAAUUAGCUGAUGGCAUCAUUUGGCUCCUUGUAAUUAGGGCUGGAAUUACUAGAGCUCAGUUAUUGCAGUUUCUUCUUGGCCUUUCCUCUGGAUCCCAUCUCACUUGCCCAAGAGCAGAAAUGAUUCCUGUGACUGCCUUCAGACUAGAACCAGAAGCAGGAACUGGUCACAUGACCGUGGAUGGCGAACUUGUUGACUAUGGACCAAUUCAGGCUGAACUUAUGCCCUCUUUGGCUAAUGUGAUGUCACGAUGAAGGAAUGGAGUUAGGUGAGCAGCUUUCAUUGAACUUUAGAGGGUGCUUCACCUAGAUCUGUGAAACUGUCAUUGUGUAAUGUUGGUUUAAAAUAUUACCAAAUAACAUCAGUUUACAGUACUACAUCAAUACAUCACGUUAAAGCAACAGGAAUUUUUGUGAAAUUUGUAAUCGACUUGUCAAGAAGGAAACCUUUUUGUUUUUAUAUUCUGAUAUUUCUGUUUUGUAGCCAUGGUAUUGUGGUGUAUGGUUUGUGAAAGGAAUAAGGACAAACAUACAAUAAACAAGUGGGAAAGUCAAAAUAAUUUCCUCUUGUUAAUUUUUAUUAAUUGUGAAGAAUUUUAAGGGUAUUUAAAACAGGAAUCUUUUAUUCACUUUUUGUGAUCUGUUAUUUUGUACUACUAUUCUAAUACAGUGCCUACAAUUUGCUCUUGUAAUUACGUGAUGAUUUUUAAAAGCUUUUUAUCAAAGUAGGUAGGAAUCUUCAGGCAAUACUGUUGUUGAAAAAAUUAAUUUUUAAUGAAAUUAGUAUAUACUGUUUAAUGUUUCAAUGAGAUUCUGUUCUUAUCAUUGAAUAGUUUAUUGAAUGAAUUCAAAACAUUAUUCUGUGAAUCGUUUUCACUGAUGAAUAUAAAUAAUUGUAUUGUGAAAAUUCUGCUUUCUUAUCAUAAUUUUCUGCAAUAUAAUUCUUUGAUUUGUACCAGAAGAUUGAGAUAAUUGAAUUUUGUGUGAAGUACAUGCAAUUCUUUAAGUUUCAAUUUUAAAAAGGUUACAAAUCACUUUAUAAGCCACAUAGUAGAUUGUAUUUCAUAAAUGAAAUAAUUUGUGUACUUGUAUCUUGGGAUCGUGUGGCUGCUACAAAUUCCAAUACCUGUUGUUAGUUUUGUUCUCCUUCCUUGCUGUCAGCUCUGCCUCUUUCAAAAUUUUGCGUAUUCAUUACUUUCACUGUUAUUGGGUCAUUCAUUCUCAAUAUUUUAUAAUUUUACUCCAAAAAGAUAAUUUCAUUCUUUCUUUCAUUUCUACUUUUGGAUAUGUUGGUUAUUUGUGCAUUUGAAUUUUUUCUCUAGUACUAUUAACACAAGUGUUUAAAUGUGCCAAAUCCAAAACUUGUAAAGUAAUGUGCUUAAAAUUUACAAGACUCCUAUUCCUGGCUAGUAAAAUAUAAUUGGCUCGUGACUUUGCUUAUAAUUACUGGAUUGGGGCUGUUGUGGAAUUACUUCAUUGCUUUGUAGCUAACAUGCUUUAUUCUCUUUUUUGGUAUCUAGUUGAAAAAAAGGUGGAAUUUGUGGAACACAAGUAAUUAAAUGAGAUAAAUAAUUAUGUUUCAAGUAGUAGUUAACUUUAUCUGGUCAUAGCUUCCUUCCAGCCUGUUUUUCCCUAAAGCUUCUAUAUUUCAUAUAAGAUCAAAUAUAUUUUUUCUUUCCCUAAUAAUACAUUUUAAUAAAUGUAGACUCAUCUGAAAAUCUGUGAGACUGUUUGAAACCACUUGUUCAUACAAAUCGUUAUCUUUUUAAUGCCAAAACAUAAAACUUAAUUUGAAAGCACAGAAAAUUCCAGCAUAUUUAAAGCAUAUUCAUUUUAAUGUGAUGCUAUUAAAAAAAAAUGUUUGGUGCUUUAUUAUUUUAUUGUCCAUUUACUUGAAUUCCAAAAUGUUUUGAUUUACAUUUGCCUUUCAAGUACGUAUUUUCAAAAAAUGUAGAAAACUAAGAUGCACAAUUCAUUCAACACAUCAAAUACAGAGGUGGAAAAAAAAGAACUAAAAGUUUCCUGAAUCAAUGUUAAUGUUCUUUGUUUAUGGAAGAUAGUCUUUCUGUCAAGGUCUUGAGUGAAUAAGCAAAAAUAUUAUUAUAUUAAUUAUAAUUGUUAUGGCUAAGAAAAGGCAAUUUAUUCACUUUACCUUGCACAGGAAAUUAUUUAUCUAAUUAAUAAUAAUAAAAAUAACUUAAUUUUGUUCUGCGUAAGGUGAAUUGAAUCAAUUGCCAUUUCUUAGCUGUGUUUCUCAAGUCUAACGAAAUUUUAUUCUUCUUGGUUCAAUCUUUAAUAUACAUCGUAGUGUAAAAUUUCAAAGUAAAAGGCUGUGAACAAAAUCCAAAUGCAAUUUGCAGAAGGGUUUUCUUCUACAGUAAUAUACCAUCUUUUUGUGAUAAGUUUCAGGCACAACACUUUUUUUUAAUCAUCAUCUUGGAUUAUAUUUAAUACUCAAAUAUAGAUGAAUUUAUGAAUUACUCUAAAGCAAGAAAGUAACAAAUUUUGUAUUCCAUCUUCAGCUAAAACUUAUCGUUAGAAAAUAUGUUUAUUUCAGAUAAUCUCCACUGAUACAGCAUUAUGUGGAGAUUGUGUAUGUAUGUGUACAGAAUUUUCACUACCUCACCACUAUUUUAAUGAACGCAACGUUUACAAAGUUUUCCUUCUGUCAAAAUAAAUUACUGUGAAGAUUGAUUUUCUCAUGCUCUUUUAAAUAUUUGUGAUUGUUUAAAACUGUUGGGGUUUUUUUCAGUUAUAAAUCCUACAGUCUGUUGCAUAUUCCUUUUAAAGAUACAUAGCUAAGACCAGCUGGGUAUAAUAUAUGGAAAAAAAUAUUUGUAUCUUCCUUAUUGUUCAGAUUUAACAGCUCUGUGGCCUAGUAUGCUUAGGAAUACAAAGAAACAUGGUUUUCUCAGAUUAUGGUGUAUUUUAUAGAGAAAUUCAGAAUUCCAGCAUUCUUUUUUCUCAACCGAAUUUCAGCAACUUGUUAAUGUAAUGAAAAAUGAUUAUAUCACUAAUUGUACCUCCCUAAGCAGAGUUGAAUGUUCACCAAGCUUGUUUGACUGAUGUUACCUGAUAGUAUUUGAUUUUUAAAUAAGAUUGUAGAAACAUGUUACAAUGAAGCAGUUUCUUUAAACAAAGUUUUCUAAGGAGCCUCUGGCUUUCUUUUUUUGAGGUGUAUAGUCGUUAGUAUGGUAUUGAAGACUUAUAGAAAUGACUGAUUUGCAUACCCUGUGGUGGAAUUUUAUGUAUAGUGUAUAUAAUAAAGAUGUUUUUUAGUUUGACAUGGAGAUUAAUGUAAAUAAAAGAUUUUGUUACUAGGCAAUUACGGGUGUAAUUGUAUUGAACAGUAUGUGUAAAUGUACAGUAUUCUAACAAAAUCUGACAGGUUGUUGCAAAUAAUACUAUUAUGUACAGUUUAUGUAAAAAAUUUGGUAUUUGGAAGGUCGUGUAUACUUGAUUCAUAAUUAAAGUCUUGUUACAAAUUUUGCUUAAAUAUGAUAGUUUUAACCCCAAUCCCAAUCCUUAUUCCCCCUGUACUUCAAUU